GGCUGCAUGCAUGAUCUUUACAAUACAAAAACAUCAUGGCAAACCGCGGCAUUGUCCAAUCUGGUGCAGACAUAAUGCACACGUUGAUCUAGCACAUCUGAUCAGACCAGUACCCCCAAGGCUAUAGCUCCGUAAAAGAAAUCUGUGGACAAAAAGGCAGCUCUGCCAAUUCCCAGAUGCAUGUCUAUGUAUUAGUAAAGCACCAAGAACCACAAAAACAGGAACGGCUGUCUGCGGCCACUCAUAUCCAGAACAAUGAGCACAGAAACACACGAAAAGGCUUCUUUGUUCCAAUAUUUGUCAUCGAUCGAUGGUACAAAUACAUGUCAAGCUCUCUCAGCAACACUCAAAACCAAAGGAAGGUACAUCCAAGGAUGCAGCCGAUCAUAAUAUAGUGGAGCCGGACUGCUCUGACAAUCAUUCUCCCCUGAGUGCGGUGCACCUGAGGGGCCGUACAUCAAAGACAAAACCAAGCAGAAUAGGUGAUGCAGAACAGCAUGCCCAGGGGAGAUUUGUCCCAGGCUAAAUGGCACACUGUAAGUGUACAUCUCACUGGGUCCUGCCCGCAGUACAUUCUGGCACACACAAAGCCAUUAAAUGCCACACCUGUCUCGAGAGCAAUCUUCACAUCUGCCUUGCCUUAUGCAGGAUGUAUCAUUCCCAUGACUGUAGAUUGAGCAUGUGGGGCGCACUGUCUUGGUCAGGAGUCUGCAUUCUGCAUGUGAGGCAUG